AUGGCCGGAAAUACUCUUCUCAAACGAGUUUUCCCACUGACAUCAUACGAUGAGUUAUUAUCUUUUCAUUACCAAAUGUCUAAUACUUCAGCUUCGCCAAUUGCUCCCGCUGCGACCCCAUCCACUGGCUACAUGAACCAUUUGUUUGAAGAGCCUGAGGAACGCUUCGGAGACGAUCGACGAGUGACCUGCCUCCGACAGGACCCCUUAUUGCGUGCAGGGACAGCGGCCCGCGAUGCUUUUGAUCGGAAUAACCUUAUGACGUUUGAAGUCCGAUUCAAAAUUUAUACCGACCAGGAGGUUGAUAUCAACACUCCCAAUCAGAGCACCCCCAAAGUUGGCGCUGGUAAGAAGGCAGUGAAGUCUUCUAAACUCAACCUGAUCGACUCGAAAGCGCUCAACUCCGGUUACCUUGAAAUGCAAAUCUACCCGUAUGGAAAGAGUGUGAUCGAAUUUAAAGAGCUGGUGGCUGGAGAAUGUGAAAAAUUCGAGCCGGGUAUGAAGAACAUCAUUCUCAAUAGUCCGUUCUCAUCUGAGCUCAAGUGGAAAACCACCAUGGGCCGAACCAAGUCUUUGCUCACUGAUUACAAUCAAUGGCACACUUUGGUUGAGACUCUCGAUAAAUCAAUCAAAAAGAAGUGUAUCCUUUCGAUCGAGAAUGAGAAUGUACAAGUUAAAGCUAAAGAGGGUGACAAGGCAAAAUCUGAGGAAUCUAUUAAAGAGCGAGAGUUAGCUACUAUUGCUAACAAGAUCUUUAGCCAAUAUGCCAUCGAAAAGUCCUCCGGAGGACCAGGCAAGGUCUUGACCGCUCCAUGGGAUCCCACUUUUUUCUAUCGUUUGACUUAUGCGGCCGCGUGGAUUUGGGCCAACGGGGUGGUGGCCAACAUCGCGACCAACGACAUCCCGCCGAAUACUUCUGAGUUCAGGUAUGAAAUCAAGAAGAGUCGCUGGAUCCACCCUGACAUGGGGGUGGAUCAUCGCGUGAACCUUCGAUUACAAGGUAAACCUCGAGGUUCACAUGGAAAUCGAGUUCCUCAAGUUGUGGCCGGUGGAUCGAGUGCGAGUCUCUCGCUCGACACCGACAUAAAGCCCGACCUCGCGAAGAUAGGCGAAAAACGCGAAGGGUCCGGUUCAGGUGAGGUGAAUGACAUUAAGCCAGAUAUCAAGAAGAUUAAAGUGGAACCACAACCCAAAAAUACUAUCCAAAACCCGAUUUAUAUAUCUAGUGAGUAUGAGAGCGACUGGGACACUGAAAGCUUGGAACUCUUCCUUGCCGACUGCGAGAUUGCUAUGGACGACAAAAAGACUCGAACUGUGCUUAAAGAAGCGGGUAUCAAGUCCUGGACUGACUUGAUACCUAGUCUUCAACUCACUGAGGCGACGCUCACCGAGAAAGGUUUAGAACGUCAAAUUGCUAACCGCCUCCUUACUGAAGCACAAGCUCGCUUUUCCAAAUGUAAGUUUUUGGAUGACGUUUUCACAAUCACUUCCUAG